AAAUAUAUUUUAAUUAAAUUAGUAAACUAUCUCAGAAUUGCCACCGAAUAAUACCAGAACAAGUCUCAACACAUUCACAUAAAAAUGUCUUCCAGGUUUUCAAUAUGGUUAUUCCAGGAGAAUUUGAUGUUUUCCCAAAGAGGAAAACAGACGAUUAAUUUCAUCAAUACUCCAGAAUACUGAUACCAAGCAGCUAGGAGGAGGAGAGCAGCUUCACUUCCUCCUUCUGAGACGAGCUCCGUAGUCGUGGUUCGUCAUCAGACGUAGCGUCAUCCCCAGAGAAAUAGGAAGUGAAGAGCACUUUGUGUCAGCUUCACAGCAGAGGAGCUUCCUGACAGUGGCUCCACUGCUACAUGUAGGCCUGCUGAUGGACCUGCUGUGGAUGCUUCUGCUGCUGGUUCUGCUCCCUUCACAGGCUCAGAGGGUGGAGGAGGUCACAGCAGAGCUGGGUCAGGAUGUGACUUUAACCUGCUCCAUCAACCAUGGGGACAUCUACUGGUUCAUGGAGAUCCACAGCCAGUUCAAAAUAGGAAUUGGAAAUAUCUUUUCUUUGAAAUUUCCCAGCUACGACUCUCCUGACUUCAAUACCAAAUUUCUAAUAGCUGGAAAGACGCUAAAGAUUAAAAACGUCUCUGCAGAGGACAUCAGACGGUACUUCUGUGGGAGAAAGGAGGACGGCAGGACUGGUGACGUGGAGACCUUCAGGCUGAUAUCAGCUGGGGUUGCUCCAUCCACCCCAUCCAGCCCCAGCAGCCCCACCCUGUCCACCCUGUCCACCACAUCCAGAACCCCAGCAGACUGCCUCACAGAACCAGCCGUUGUGGGUUCCUUGGCCCUGAAUGCCGUCCUGAUUGUUUCUCUUCUUGGUCUGAUUGGUGCCUGCAUGAAGAGGAAAGGCUGCUGCUGCUGCUGCAGAGCCAAGGACUCUGCAGAAUACAGCCUAGACCACCAGGAGAUGCAGAAUCCACAGUACGAGGAGAUCCAGCUGCCUCCCACUCCGGUUUCUUCAGAGUGCAUUUACAGCAAAGCUCAGCAUCCUGGCCCUAUGAUGUCUCACUACUGACUCACACCUGGUAGACCACACCAACGUCGCUGGAGGUUCUGGAGAGAAGUCAACUUCAGAAGAAAAGCUCUUCUAAAUCUGAGGGAGCUCCAGGACUGCUGGACUGUGAAGAACCCUCAGAGACCUGCUGACCAUGUAGUUCAUGAAGCUGCAGAAGGUCCUGGUUGUAAAUGUGGACCUGUUUAAACUCAGACAUGAACUGUAGAGGGUCUAUCCAGACCUGGAGUCACACCAGGGAAGGAGUCUGGGAGCAGAAGAUGGUCUGAACUGCUGUAAACGUGGCCUGUUCUCCUGGAUCUCAGCUUGUUCUAGUUCUUGUUCCUCUACCUCUGAUCUGUUCUCUGACAUAAACGAUGAUAAAGAACCUGACGGUCCGAUUGUCUGCUGCAGUCUUAAUUCCUCGGUCCAUAUGAAGGACCUCAAAGUGACAAAAGUCCCAACAACAGGAAGUUGGUAGGUGGUUUGUUAAAGCAGAUCAGCCCCACCACCAGAACCACGUGGGUCUGCAGGUAUUUGUCAGCUUAGUUAACCACUUAUUAGGAUCUAAAUAAAACCCAACGAUGGUAAAGGUUGGUAUUACUCAUGUCUAGAACAUCUCUAAUGAGCAGAAGAACCUGUUCAGAAGAACCUGACCUUCUUGCUGCCAUCAUGUCUGUUGGUUCUAACUGGAGUCAAACAAAGAUCCGGAUCGCUGGAAGGAAAUCUGUGAUUCUUCCUGAUCCAAAGAAGUCCACCUGAAAACAGGUUUUGCAGAACUUCAACCUGAUCUCCUGCUAUGAUGAGAUGACCGCAGAUAGAACUUAGAGACUUAGACUUAGACGACUUUAUUCGUCAUUUUGUAUGCACAAAGUGCGUACAGAACAAUAUUUUGUUUGCAUACAGCUUAAAAAAUCAAAGUAAAUUGCAGCAAGUUUCAGGAUAAAGAUGCAGCAGCGAUUUAUGUAAACAAUUGAAAUGUAAACAAUGCAAGGGAAAUAGACA